AUGGUUGCUAAACUGGGAGAAGAUAUUGUUGCCACGCUCCUUGCAGAUGUACAUUACUCUUAUGGUCCACCUAACAAAACCUCUUCGCAUGAUAGAUUCGACAAAGCAUCACUAGUAUGUCUAGUAGAGAAUGCUACAAUAAGGCGGGCACGGAUUGAGAUUAUAAGUCAAUCGGGACUCGCUAAUAAUAAUUUAUUGGAUGGCUAUUUGGAUAGAGUACGAGUUCAUUAUUCCUACAGCCAUUCCAAUCUGUUAACACUUUAUGUUGAUCAAUGUGAGGGUCAAGAUUGGUAUCGCCCUGUACAUGAUGAGGGCCAUGAUAGUGAUUUUUUGCAUGAACUACAUACCGUCGACCUAUACUUCUGGAAACAUCUUGAUGCCAUUCAGCUUUUAGAUGGAAUUCGACGAGUAGUACCCCCAGACCAAAUCAAAAUACUUGACGAACCAGAUAUUCCACUAAUUAUUCACAACCCAACCGAUCAAAGGCUUACGCUAGAACCAGAAAAUCUGACUUCACCCAACUCCACCCACCGACUUAGAGACACCCAGAAGCCUCACCUUGUAUUUCCUAGGCCUCCAAUAUCAGCAACUCCUCCUAACUGUCUCCUUCCCAGUCAUACCCCGUUAGCAUAUGAUCCAGCAGCUCCCGCAGCUCCUGAAAAAAUAUUUCAUCGUGAAAAGACACCACCUCCAGAAGAUAAUGAAGAUAAUGCCUCGACUAUAGCCACAUAUUCAGAAUUAUAUCAGCCCAGUAAGAUGAAAGGCGAGAUUACCUUCCCAAGAUCUCCACUUCAAAACCACUACUCUGGAUCGACAUAUGAAGUAUUACAACAAGCCUACAAACCUCAGCACUCAAUUCAAAUAUCAACAGCGGAUACAAUUUUUAAGCCACCUUUCCAACCAUCGAUCACGCCACCUUGUACAACAAAUCAAUCAUCUUUCUUAAUGUCUUAUCAAGCUCCAGAGUACCAAAAUCAUUUGAUACAUUCGACUCCAAAUCCAACCUAUUCCAGCACUCUCGUGAAUUCUUGCGUAAACUUUGACAGUUCAUCUGAUGUUUCUAAGAUAAACAAUAGACCUAGCUUACAAACUAAACUUUCCCCAUCACCAGAUGAAAGUAAUCUGAAAUACACACAUAUUCAUGACGUUCAUAGUAUAGGCUUUCAUGUAUCAGAAAAUUCUUUGAAUCAACGUGCAUAUCGACCUACAGAACAUGAUUCAACACCCAAAUCAGCCAAGCCACUUAGAUCGCCUGGCUGGAAAUUAGAGGAGCGAGCAGCAAAGUUAGAAAAGGGCGUUGGGAGUCUAUUCAGAAAGUUGGAAAAAAAAAUCGGAUAG